AUGAGUCGCGUCGAAGGAGUCAAGUGCCUGUCGCCUGUCGAAGAGAUGGACGAUAGCUGGGCCAAUGACGGCUGCCAAGCCUUGCAACUCCGUCUGGUGAGAUCGGAUGAGGAGCUCCAAUCACUCGACCCAUCCGAAAAGGCUCUCGUCUCUGAUUUCGCACCCGAUCUCGUGCAUCAGAUCUACGGAGACGAGCAGAUCAUCUAUGGCUACAAGAAUCUCAACAUCGAACUUCAAUUCGCAUCAGGCAGCCUGCGACAGUACUUGGGUAUCUCCCAUACCGACGUCAUGCCUUCGACAUCUACGGUCAAACCAGAUCCGAUAGAGCCGCCUCUCUACGACUGGCUACCUGCUGACUACAUGAAGGACCCGGACGGCUUCCUCAAGCAAGUCAAAGUAGAUUCAGAGACUUUCAAGCCAGUAGGCACUAGAAUUGGCAGUUAUGCCCGUCGCCUCGUCAAGAACACCUCCAAAGGCAAGGAAAAAGCCAAAACCAAUGGCGCGACGAGAAAACUGUAUGAAGUCUGCGAGGAAUCUGACGAAGAUGCGAUCGUCUACGAAGCUUACAGCACGCAAAUGGCGACCCCAGGCUGGAAAGAGUACCUGCGACGUAUGCAGAUCUUCACCGUGCUCUUCAUCGAUGCUGCUUCCUACUGCGAGGAGGACGAUACUCACUGGGAGUUCGUUACUUUAUACGAAAAGCGAGCGGUCAAACGGAAGGAGCAAAGCGAGCCACAACACAGCUUUCAUUUUGUCGGCUACACUUCGCUAUACAACUGGUUUUGCUACCCUGACAAAACGCGGCUGCGCCUCUCGCAAUUCGUCAUCUUGCCCCCUUAUCAGCAUGCAGGACAUGGCUCUGCACUGUACUCGAUGGUCUACUUCUGGAUGCGAGGGAGAAAAGAUGCAGCAGAAAUGGUCGUCGAAGACCCGUGCGAGUCUUUCCAGACUCUGCGAGACAAAGCAGACCUGCACGCGCUCUUGUCCCAGCAGCUCUUUAAUGAUAUCAACGCUCCUGUCGACCGGCAUUGGAUCGAAGAGAAGAGAAAGGACUGCAAGCUCGGCGACAGGCAAUUUGCAAGACUGGUCGAGAUGGGUCUCUAUCUCAAGCUCGGCAAGAAAGACCCCAAGAAGCUCAAAGACUACCGCCUCUUCGUCAAGGAGCGUCUCUACCGCUUCAAUUACGAACUGCUGUCAUCGCUGUCCGUCGACGAGCGAAGGGCAACGCUUCAGCAGACGUACGAGGGCGUACUGGAAGAGUACGAAGAGACGCUUGCGCCGUUCCUGGUCUAG